AGCCAAGUCGUCGGUGUUCAUGAGCACGGCAGGAGCGAGUGAACCGGCAAAGACCGGGGUAAGAAGAGGAGCCGGUGGACGGCGAAAAAACACCCAAUCCACGGAAUGAACAUACCGAUGUGUGCUUCUUCUCAAAGUUCAGCUAUCACUCACUUCACGCAUCCUCAUAGCAAGAGCCUGACCUACAAUUGAUCUGACUGCUUGCCCCAUUGCCCGGAGAAGUACGAGCCUGUUAUUUUAGUGACCCCUGUGUGUGAGAAGAGGAGUGUGUGACCAUAGUGUGUAAGCAGCUCUCCCUAUGUGUGUGACAAUGGGGGACAUCAGUGACCUGGACCGACAAAUAGAGCAGCUCAGACGCUGUGAGCUCAUUAAAGAAAACGAAGUCAAAGCACUGUGUGCCAAAGCCAGAGAGAUUCUGGUUGAAGAAAGUAAUGUCCAGAGAGUGGACUCUCCCGUCACAGUGUGCGGGGAUAUACAUGGUCAGUUCUAUGACUUGAAAGAGCUAUUUAGAGUAGGUGGAGAUGUCCCAGAGACAAAUUAUCUCUUCAUGGGUGAUUUUGUGGACAGAGGCUUCUACAGUGUGGAGACUUUCCUUCUUCUGCUAGCUCUUAAGGUGCGUUAUCCAGACAGGAUAACUUUGAUCCGGGGAAACCAUGAGUCGCGGCAAAUCACCCAGGUCUACGGCUUCUAUGAUGAAUGCCUCCGCAAGUACGGCUCAGUCACUGUCUGGAGAUACUGCACUGAGAUCUUUGACUACUUGUCCCUCUCUGCUAUCAUUGAUGGAAAGAUCUUCUGUGUGCAUGGUGGCUUGUCUCCUUCCAUCCAGACACUGGACCAGAUCAGAACCAUUGACAGAAAACAGGAAGUGCCCCAUGACGGGCCCAUGUGUGACCUCCUGUGGUCGGACCCUGAAGACACCACAGGAUGGGGAGUGAGUCCCAGAGGCGCUGGGUACUUGUUUGGAAGCGACGUGGUGGCCCAGUUCAACGCCGCCAACGACAUCCACAUGAUCUGCCGAGCACACCAGCUGGUCAUGGAGGGCUACAAGUGGCACUUCAACGAGACGGUGCUCACUGUCUGGUCAGCACCCAACUACUGCUACAGAUGUGGCAACGUGGCGGCCAUUUUGGAGUUGGAUGAGCAUCUACAGCGAGAGUUCAUCAUAUUUGAAGCAGCACCACAAGAGACCAGGGGCAUCCCCUCCAAGAAGCCAGUAGCUGACUAUUUUCUGUGAAGGCUUUGAGCAGACAGCCAUGAUGUGUUGAAACCUCCGGUACCAUUUCACACCUGCCGCACUCCAUCCUGCUGCUGGACGGUUCCGUCAGUCUGAACUCACAGCAGUUAGACAGAAAACCCGCCAAACCCUCUGAAGCUCCACACAGGUUCAGUUUGAAGAGCUGGAUUUUUGCCGCACUGCCCAAGCCUGACAGAGCAGUCACUGUGAAAGUUGUAGGGGUGAGGUCGAUACUGGGCCCAUGACUGUUGUCACUUGUCUUCAGCUACAUAAGGUGGUCAUUUUCUUUCUGCCCUCAGCCUCCUUCCAUUUCCAUCUGCUGUCCUCCUCUCUCACUCUGUAGAUAUGACACUCUCUCUCCUCGACUUAUCCUCAACCACACUUGUAGUAUUUUUUUCAUGACGAACAUUGUCAUUUAGUUUUAGAAAUAUUUGGAAGGAGUUAGAUUUUUUUUUUUUUUUUUUUUUCAAAAAUAUGCAGGUGUAGGACAAUUUUAUCUUUUAAAGGAAUUCCUCCAAUGCAUAUGUUAUUUGUUUUUGAUUUUUGAAUAAUUUUUGCUGCCAGGAUUAAAUGCAAAAUGACCAAUCCCCUCACCCUGUUUUUUGCUCUUAUGUUUCUUUUUAACUGUCAUUUUGUCAUGUGAGUCACUAUUUAACAUACCCAGUGCUGCUGCUCAGCACCAUCACAAAUAAAUACCAUUAAUGUAAUGACUCCCAGUAGGAGUCACUAUAUUCAUCAUUGUUUUCUCUCUUAAUUCCUUUUAAUCUACAAAUCUCUGUAGGUCUGUCAAUUUUGAUAUUGUGAGAAUAAAGUUUUUGUAUUAAUGCUGA